AUGAAAUUAGUAAGAUUUUUAAUGAAAUUACAUAAUGAAACAGUUACAAUUGAAUUAAAGAAUGGAACAAUUGUACAGGGAUCAGUUGCAGGUGUUGAUGUUAGUAUGAAUACUCAUUUAAAAACAGUUAAACUCACACUCAAAGGAAAGAAUCCUGUAAAUUUAGAUACAUUAAGCAUUAGAGGAAAUAAUAUCAGAUAUUUCAUAUUACCAGAAUCUUUAAAUCUUGGUACACUUUUAGUUGAUGAUACUCCAAAAGUUAAAGCAAAGAAAACUACUUCAAAACCAGGUGAAUCUAAACCAAGUAUGAGAGGUGGUCGUGGUGGUGGUCGUGGUGGAGCAAGAGGUGGUUCAAGAGGUGGUUCAAGAGGUGGUUCAAGAGGCGGUAGAAAUUAA